AUGUCACUCUCUUCUGCUCAAAGAGUUUUUCUUGAAUCAACAGCAUCGGUAGAUCCAGAAGGACAUAAACCUGUUAUUUUAUGUCUUCAUCAAAUUUUCGGAAGCGUAUACACAUGGAGACAUCUCAUGCAACCACUUGCUAAUGCUACAGGUUGUGAUGUAAUAGCUUACGAUAGGGUAACUUGGGGUUUCACCGAAAGGCCAACACAAUGGGAGGAAGGCAAAAAUCCUUAUACACAAGAAGCUUCAUGUGAAUUUAUAUUGAAGUUUUUAUCAUGUUUAGGAUAUGCUAAUAAAAAGAUUGUGUUUGUUGGAUCAUCUGCUGGUUGUACAAUUAGUUCUUAUCUCUCAAUAAAAUAUCCACAUAUUGCCUUUGCUUUAAUUUUCCUUGGUCCUUCUAUAAAACUUGAAGAUCAAGGUCCACCACCAAUUGCAUGUACGAUUUUAGGAUCAUUUCCUAUAUUAUUUUUGAAAUAUUUUAUAAGCAAAAAUUUGCCGGCCCAAGCAUUAUUUCAUGAUGCAAAGUCGAUUCCUGAUUGGGAAACUGCAAUCACUCCUUAUUAUAAAACACCGUCAACUUUACCAAAUUAUUAUGAAUCGAUUUCAUUUCUAGUCAAAUAUUUUAUUCCACUUGAAAUUUUACAACAUAAAAACGGAUUACAAAAUAUUCCAAUUUUAUUCGUGGUAGGAGAUGAUGACAAAUAUACAACAUGUGAUGUACAUAAAAGUACAUUUGAAGAAAUCAAAUUGAACUCACCUUCUGAUUCAAUCAUGGAAUUUAAA